UACGCUGAAUUAGGAGUUACCAUCCCUAAAUCAGGAGGUGAUUAUUCCUACGUCAAUGAGAUUUUCGGUGGAUUAGCUGGAUUUCUGCUGCUAUGGAGUGCAGUCCUUAUCAUGUACCCAACCAGCCUGGCUGUUAUUGCGCUGACUUUUUCAAACUAUGUGCUACAGCCAGUCUUUCCUAACUGCAUCCCGCCCUACAAAGCAUCCCGAGUUCUCUCCAUGGUGUGUUUAUCACUGUUGACUUGGGUGAACAGCUCCAGCGUUCGAUGGGCCACACGUAUCCAGGACAUCUUUACAGCAGGAAAACUCUUGGCUUUGGGUCUUAUCAUAACUGUGGGCUUUGUGCAGAUCUUUAAAGGAAACUAUGAAGCAUUAAUACCAAGCAAUGCAUUCAACUUCUGGAUGACCCCAUCAGUGGGACAUUUGGCACUAGCCUUUCUCCAAGGUUCCUUUGCAUUCAGUGGGUGGAAUUUCCUAAAUUAUGUGACAGAAGAACUGGUUGAUCCACGCAGGAAUCUACCUCGCGCCAUAUUCAUCUCCAUUCCCCUGGUGACCUUUGUAUACACGUUCACCAAUAUUGCUUAUUUCACGGCCAUGUCACCCCAAGAACUCUUGUCUUCCAAUGCUGUUGCGGUAACAUUUGGUGAGAAGUUACUGGGCUAUUUUUCCUGGGUUAUGCCAGUGUCUGUGGCAUUGUCUACAUUUGGAGGAAUAAAUGGAUACCUUUUUACCUCCUCAAGGCUGUGUUUCUCUGGUGCCCGAGAAGGUCACUUACCGAGUCUGUUGGCCAUGAUCCAUGUCAAACAUUGCACCCCAAUUCCGGCCCUCCUUGUCUGCUGCCUGGCUACUGUUGUCAUCAUGCUGGUUGGAGACACCUACACUUUAAUUAAUUAUGUUUCCUUCAUCAACUACCUCUGCUAUGGAGUCACAAUAAUAGGCUUGCUCGUGCUACGCUGGAAGGAGCCCCAAAUCUUCAGACCGAUCAAGGUAAACCUCCUGGUUCCAAUCACUUACCUGAUCUUUUGGGCCUUUCUCUUAAUCUUCAGUUUAUAUUCUGAGCCAGUGGUCUGUGGAAUUGGACUGAUUAUCAUAUUAACUGGAGUGCCAGUGUUUUUUCUUGGCGUGUACUGGAAAAACAAACCAAAAGUCUUUAACCCACUGGGGCCAGAAGAUCUGUUUUGUUGUCUACCCUCAGGGGGGAUCUCCUGAAGACGAUCUACCUUUCACCGAUUAUCCCUCUCAAGAAGUCAAAAGACCUUGAAGAAACAAUUAUACUUUUUACAGAAUAAGUA